GCUCGUCGUGAUUGAACCUAAACGCCGAACUAAGAUGAUAGUAUGCCAGAUGCUUAGGAUCUCAGCACCAGAGAUAUCGCGCGUGGUGGAAGAUCAAUGGACCAUAUUUUCUUCAUCGCACAAUGCAAGUGUGUCAGCUUCGAAGGUCCCAAGAGCAAGAGCAAUGCGUAUGGAUUUCCACAGCCUGAACCGACAGAAAAUGUCAUACUUGAAAAAAGCAAAUAUGCCCGCCCGCUAAAUCAGGCAAAGAAUGGCACAUCCCUGCAAGGCCAACGCCUGAGACUGACCAGAAUUUUCAUCGCAUUGACAGUCAUCCCGCUUCAUGUUAUUUUUCUCAUUUGAUUUGCAGCCUAUGCUCUCACUUUCCAAACAUGCGACGCAUACGGGACAUGAAAGAUAAGAUAAAUAGCUGUGUUAAUGAUCUUGAAUACGGCUUGGCAAGGAAAAGAUACGAAUUCAAGACACGCGACAAUGGAAUUUUCCCGUUUCCAAGAAGAUGUCGGAACUGCAACAAUCUGCCAUGUUACCGUUAUGACAUGUCAAAAGAUCGCUCUUGGUCAAGGCGGAAGAAGAUUCUGCGUGUGUAUGACUUGGAUACCAAGGAUAAAUGCCACUUCUGUGGAUUUCUGGCUCGAGUUUUAAGGCAUUAUUUCGGGGAUUAUCAGGGCCAGGAACAGUUCACCCUGUACAUGAAAACAGGGUGCCCGUUAAUUAUAAGCGUUACUUCCCCUAGUUUAUUACCACAAUACGGAGGAAUGACUUUUAUAGAGGUGUUUAAAGACAGCAAUAAUGCUCUUUUACCCUGGUCUAACACACCCUUCAUUGGCAGUAGCUCUGUGCAUUUCGACCACUCAGAUGAUCCGGGUGUCUAUGAAUUCAUUUCAGAGUGUUUAUCCGAGUGUCAAACAAGUCAUCCAAACUGCAAAAGCCCGGAUGCGGUGCCAUUGCCCAAGCGUCUCCUGGAAGUCAGUGAGCCAAAUCGGACUUGCAGACUUGUUGAGCCAACACAGGAUCAGCGGGGAACUUAUACAGCAUUGAGCUAUUGCUGGGGAACUGGGAAUCCUUUAAAGCUCAUUCAAGAACUUUACCAUUUUUAUAAAAAUGGAAUACCCUGGGAUAAGCUCCCGCAGCUCUUUCAAGAUGCCAUGAGGAUCACCAAUCGUUUGGGAGUUAGUAAUAUUUGGAUUGAUUCUCUCUGCAUCAUCCAAGAUAGCCAAGAGGACUGGGAGGUCGAGGCUGAAAAGAUGGCAAGCAUUUAUCAAAAUGCGCAUGUCACCAUUGUUGCUGGUUCUUCACCAAAUCCAGAGACACCGAUUCUCAGGGAACGAGACCUGGACAUUACUAAAGCAGAGUUUAACUUUAUUGAAAAGAAUGGCUUAGAAUCCUAUCUCUUUUCGCGCCUUGUACAUGAAGAUAUGUUUGAUAGUUACCACAUUGAGGCCAAACAGAUCUCAUCCAGAAGAUGGAAAGAGACUCUUUACCAAAGGGGAUGGACAUUCCAAGAAGACCUCCUGUCCAGGCGCACAAUCCACUACCUGUCCAACAGGAUAGUAUGGGAAUGCCGCAUGCUUCAUUGUGAUGAACGUCAACUGCCUCAGGAUCGGCGGCAAGCCUUGGAUAGAUCUGAUCUUACGCCAUGGACAUGGUGGGAAUUUGUGGAAGCUUACGCCGUUCGAGAUUUAACAUGCAUUUCUGAUAAACUCCCAGCCAUGUCAGGCAUUGCAAAUAUGAUGUCCCAAAAAACUGGUGAUGACUAUCUUGGUGGUCUGUGGCGAAGCUCCCUUAUCACUGAUUUAGCAUGGAGCAGUUACAUGAAUUGGUACGGGAGAGAAAAACCAACUUACAUCCCACCGAGGGAGUAUAUCGCACCCUCAUGGUCCUGGGCUUCUAUCGCAAAGCCGUCAAGGAUCACGAAUUUCGAAGCUAAUGUGGCUCGGGAUAGAAUCUGCGCUACUGUCAUCGAUGCAAGUGUGACUCUAAAAGGCCACAACAGGUUCGGCGAAGUGUCAGACGGCUUUGUACAACUGCGUGGCCCUGUCCGUGAAGUGAAACUUCAUUAUCCAGACAGAUAUGGUAUUUUUAAACAUUGCUUUCCAGCAUGUGAGUUAGCUGAACAGCGAAUCGAUAUCCUCAUCAUGCUAGAUAUGGAAAUAUGUGUUGGAGACGGGCUGAUGGAGACGGGCGAGAAGGUACCGACAAUGUGCCGGAGAUAUGCUGAGGAUGAAGCCAACGAUCCAAUGCCGGGGAAAAAUGCAUAUCCCGCGGUACACAUAAUUUUCUUGCUCGAUACGGAAUUUGGAAAUGUCAGUGGUCUUGUUCUUGGGCGAUCUCCCCGAGUUCCAGGCGCGUAUGAACGACUGGGCGUUGUGGGGCUCAAGACAAACGAGUUGAAGCAGGCUAAGAAGCUAGCUGUCGAAUCAACAAUUACUAUUGUAUAGCAAUUGAACAUUCAUGUCUCUCAGACUUCUACCACCAAAGAUGCCACGAUCGGAUACGAUGCCAGUCAGGUUCCUUUUAUGGAAGUGCUUACUCGCUCAGAUCGUGUGCAAGCCAGUCGUUUGUUCAAAUCUCCCAGUGAGCCAGGACUCAGCGAGUUGACCCUGUGUGGGGACUAAGAUCUCAGUUGAGCAGUCGACCUUCUGCUCCUCACCUCUGGAGCUGUUGUUGAGACCAAGAGGAUA